GCAGAUGAGGGGAAGCACCAAAAGAGGAUUUGAGUUAAUAGUUCAGUUCAGUUCAGUUGUUGCAGGAGGCAGAAGAGGAGAAGAGCUUAGUUGAGAAGUGGAAAGCAGGUGACUCGACCACCACCACCACCACCACCUCGUGGCUGGUGAUGCGAUGCAAUUCGUCUGUUCCCUCCAACCACACUCACUUACUCACUCACUCACUUUUCUCUCUUCUCUCUUCUACUACGACACUGACUCAACUGACUCAAUGUAAUGGAUGGAUGGGUGGAGUCUGGACCAGUUCCUGUCCGGCUUUGAAAAUGUGACACUGCGACCUGACCGUUUCAGCGACAGUUCCACAGCGGAUAUUCGGCUGGUUGUGACCAGAAACAAGACAGAAAACCGACAAGAGACACACAGACACACACUCGCGUUUCUUCUACCAGUCCUGUACUGUAUCAGGGUACUGUACCUCGUGCGAUUCCUUCCCAAGCCAAGAACGAAUCGAAAAAGAGAUCUGAGAACGAGUGCAGACGAACUCUGGUUCUCUUAUCCUUCUUCUUUUUUUUUUCUUGCGCUCACACAACCUCGACAACCACAAACCUUUUUACCUAAUACUUCGAAUCGAGUCAUUCCAACGCCCUUUUCCGGCCUUUAUCUCUGGUCUCCAGCUGCCAGGCUCCACCGGGACCCAGACUGCUUAUCAGUAGAACCAGCAAAUCCCUUUGGAUGGCGCCCCCGCGCUAGGCGCUGGUCCCGACCGAAGUGUUGCCCCGUGCUCAACUGCUUGGGUGGAUGAUCGCUGGUUCUUAGCGGCGCGCGCGCGCACGGAUCGAUAAGCGGACGCCUCUGGUUUGGCCGCCAACGCCAACCCGCUUCUCACGGCGCAAUCACCCUCUCUCCCUCCCAUCCUGCGCAAACCUUAGACAGCACCACC